AUGACAGAAGAAAAAAUCUCCGCGCUUGCAAGGCGCCUGGAGGCACUGCACACGCGCAUCGGCGCCGCCGAGCGCGCUGCCGCUGUCGCUGUGCGACUUGCCGCCCUGGAGGAACGCAUCACAGCGGCAGAGCAGGGUACAACGCUCAAGGCCUCUGCGGCCGCGCCCGCUGCGCCUGCCGCACCUGCACCUUCGGCGGCGGCGCCCGCGCCCCAAGCCGGCCUCGAUCCCGAGGCUCGCAGCCGCGCGGCGCUGGACGCGGCCCUGGCUGGCGACGACAGCCCCGUGCAGCACCGGCUGGCGCGGGAGCUGUUUGUGCGCGUGCCGAGCGAUUACUACGAGCGCCCCCUGGCUUGGCGGCGGGAGGUCCUUGAAGCCCACACAGUCUACCACCUGUGCAAGAGCAUCGUGAUGGAGAACACGCGAGCCCACCCCUCUGUCAAGGGCUGGGAGGACCCCAACAACAGCAAAUACUACGUGGUCAUAGUCCAGUACAAGGCGCGCUUCAACAACGAGAAGCUCUGCGCCCACCUCCACAAGCUCAACGGCGGGAAGGUCGGCAAGAAAUGGUUCAACAUGCGGCUGGCACCCGAGGAGGUGUCAGACUCCCUCAGCGGGUUCGGCCACAACGGCGUCAGCCCCGUGGGCCUGGCCACCCCCCUGCCCAUCAUCAUCAGCCACCGCAUCACGCAGCUGGUCCCAGAUUUCUUCUUCAUGGGUGGCGGUGAAGUGGACCUGAAGCUGGGGCUGUCGGCUGCAGAUUUUGUCAAGGCCUAUGGCCAGCAGCCCGUGAUGGUCGUGGACUGCACUUAUGAUGACGAUGGGGGUGACGAGGGCGGCGCUGACGAGGAUGAGCAGAACGGCAGCUAG